AAGCCGUACGCUGGGAUGCCUAAGGAGGUGCUGCUCCUGUACUCCUCUCAGGCUCGCUACAAGGUUCUCAGAGAGGUCCUCUUCUGGUUGACUGUGGCUUGCACUGUGGCUCUUGUGGCUCUGACCAUCACAGUUAUCGCUCUGUCUCCACGCUGCCUUAGCUGGUGGCAGAUGUCCCCAGUCUACCAGAUCUACCCCCGCUCAUUUAAGGAUUCUAAUGGUGAUGGGGUUGGAGACCUCAAAGGUAUUCUUGAGCAAUUGGAUCACUUUCAAUACCUCAACAUUAAAGCUAUUUGGAUCAGCCCUUUCUAUCGUUCUCCAAUGAAGGAUUUUGGGUAUGAUGUGGAAGAUUUCCGUGACAUUGAUCCUCUAUUUGGAACCAUGCAGGACUUUGAAGAACUACUGGCUGAAAUGCACAAGAGAGAUUUGAAACUGAUCAUGGACUUUAUUCCCAACCACACCAGUGAUAAACAUCUUUGGUUUAACCUCAGUCGAUCACGUGAUGAAAAAUACAAAGAUUAUUAUGUCUGGACUGACUGCAAUGCAUCCAACCCAAAGCCCAAUAACUGGGUGAGUAUUUUUGGAAACUCAUCAUGGACCUAUGAUGAAGUUCGAGGGCAGUGCUACUAUCACCAGUUUCUUAAGGAGCAGCCAGAUCUAAACUUCAGAAACCCAGAUGUUCGAAGAGAAAUAAGUGACCUGAUUCACUUCUGGCUGGAGAAGGGGGUGGAUGGCUUCAGGAUGGAUGCUGUGAAGCACAUUCUUGAAGCUGAACAUUUAAGAGAUGAGCAACAAGUGGAUCCUAACAAGCCACCUGAGGAAGUAACCACUGAGUGGGAUCUACACCAUGACUUCACCACCACUCAGAUCGGUUUGCAUGACUUGCUGAGAGAGUGGAGGGCUGAGAUGGACAUCUACAGCAGAGAGCCUGGAAGAUACCGGUUCUUGGUAACUGAAUCAUAUGAUUACCAUGAAGUGGAAAAGACCAUGAUGUACUACAGCACACCACUGGUUAAAGAGAGUGAUAUUCCCUUUAAUUUUUACCUGCUGGAUUUGCCCCAAAAUACCAGUGGCCUGUGGACAAAACAUCUUGUUGACCUGUGGAUGUCCAACAUGCCAAAAGGGCAGUGGGCAAACUGGGUGGUUGGAAAUCACGACAAGCCUCGCAUUUCAACCAGUGUUGGCAUCUCUUAUGUUCCUGCUAUCAACAUGCUGCUGCUAACUUUACCGGGGACACCAACUACCUAUUAUGGUGAGGAGAUUGGUAUGGAAAACAUCAACAUUACACAAGAUCAGGUACAGGACCCUGCUGGCAGAUACAAUGUGAGCCUUAGUCGAGAUCCCCAAAGGUCCCCAAUGCAGUGGAGUGAUGGCAUGAAUGCAGGUUUUAAUCCCAAAACCAAUCUCACAUGGUUGCCAGUACAUCCACACUACAAAACAGUCAAUGUUGAGGCCCAGAUGAAAGAUGAGAGCUCUGUUCUUGCUCAAUAUCGUAAUCUAAAUACACUGCGUGAGUCUGAGCUGCCUCUUCACCGGGGUUGGUUCUGCUACAUACACACUGAUGCCAGUGUGUUCUCCUAUCUCAGAGAGCUGGAUGGCCUCAACAGGGCUUUUUUAGUGGUCCUUAACUUUGGUAAAGAAGCUGCUGUCACAAAUCUCUCCAAUAUAAAGGAGUUACCAAGUCAGCUCAAUGUUUUGAUGAGCACAGUACAUAUGAACAAUGGUAAAAGCAUGUCCAAAUCUGAAAUCAAGACUAAAGCAGGCGAGGGUCUGCUGAUUCAGUUCUCCAGUAAAAUUAAGUUUAACCAAGACCACGAAGAUCAGUGCUACAUCUCUGAAAAAGCUUGUUAUCUAGGGGCAAUGGGCAUUCUUUACAAAUGUUAA